CAACAGCUAUAUAAGAUUACUUUGUGUACGAUAUCUGACAGUUGUUAUUUCGUUCGCGAGCGCAACAGACGACCGAAGCUUUAAAAAUGGAAGCUGUAGUAUUCAACGGUGCCAACCUCACCUUAAAGUAUGAGACCAAGUACCCGGUCCCCAAGGUCAUCGAGGACACUGAUGUCAUCGUGAAGGUGCAUUACGCGGGAAUAUGCGGUACUGAUCUGCACAUUAUCAAGGGCGAGUUCCCCGCACGUAAGGACUAUCCCGUGGCCAUGGGUCAUGAGUUCAGCGGCGUUGUCACGGAGGUCGGAAAGGCUGCCAGUGCCAACUUUAAAGUGGGCCAGAAGGUCGUCGUGGACCCUAACAGCGCUUGCAACAGGUGCGAUUUCUGCCGCACAGGCAACUACCACUACUGCCUGACCGCCGGUAUCAACAACACCAUCGGAAUCUGGCGAGAUGGCGGCUGGGCUGAGUACGUGCGUUGCCCGGACACUAACGUCUACGCGCUCCCGGACGAAAUCACUACUGAACAAGGAGGUCUUUGCGAGCCCUACUCAUGCGUCGCCCAUGGAUUUGACCGAGCGGCCCCUCUGCAGAUUGGCGAAAAGAUACUGGUAGUCGGAGCUGGCAUCAUUGGCAACUUGUGGGUGGCUGCGCUCCAUCAUCAGGGUCACCGGGAGGUCACAGUCUCAGAGAUGAACCAAACCAGGCUGGAUAUCGUCAAGAAACUGAACACUGGAUUCCGGCUGAUCUCCCCUGAUGUGCUCGCUAAAGAAGACAAACUGUAUGACAUCAUCGUUGAUUGCACAGGUGUCGGCAAAGUGAUGGAAAUAAACUUCAACUAUCUGAACCAUGGUGGUAAAUACGUGCUUUUCGGUUGCUGUCCCCCCACACACACUGCCACGAUUAACCCGUUCGAGAUCUACAGGAAGGAAAUCACCGUUGUUGGCAUUAAGAUUAACCCGUACACCUUCCCUAAGACCAUUGGGUGGCUCAGGGCCAUGGGAGACAGAUACUUGAACUACGAGAACCUUGGCAUCAAGACCUAUAAGCUGUCUGAGUACCAGAAGGCCCUGGACGACAUGAGGGCUGGUACCAUCGCCAAGGCCCUGUUUAAAGUUGUCAAGUAAAUGAUGAUGAUGAUGAAGC